GACGAAGCGGAAGAGGAUUAAAAAAAGAAAAAGCUGAUGGUUAAAUGCGUGUAGUGGUUUUUGAGUUUUUCUCCCGCCUCGGUACGUCCCUAAAGCAAUUUUGCGUUAAUUCUUCAAGUAAUAGACAGUACUGUCGUAUUUCGUGGGCCACAGUGAAGUGGUUUGUGUGUUCUGGACGGUGUUUAGUUGAAGUGAAGGAGUCAUGGCGGACUAUCGGGACGAGGAAAUGCCAGAGGAACCUUUGAUUCUGGAGAAGGACCUGACGUGUCCCGUGUGCCAGGCCAUCUUCGUGGAGCCCGUGCUGCUGCCGUGCACGCACAGCUUCUGUCGGGAGUGCCUGCGCCGGAGCUGGGAGCAUAACAUGAAGUGUCCCGUGUGCAGAAAUGAGUGCGAACGCGGACAGGAGAUCUUCAACCGCACGCUCGGCGACGCCUGCGAGUCUUUCCUGAAGGAGAAAAACCUGCGACCGCAGAACCGACGAGCCCCUGAGCAGGCGUGUAAUCUGCACCUGAAGCCGCUGGAGCUGUACUGUGAGAAGGACGAGGAGCCCGUGUGCGUGGACUGCGUGAGCCUUCACAACACGCACCAACUGCUGACGCUCAGAGACGGAGCACAGCGCUGUAAGGAAGAGCUGGGCUGGAGAGUCAAAAUUUUCGAAACAAAAUUGCAGUCACACGAGAAAAUGAUACACAAACUCAACAACUCCGUGGACUACAUAAAGUGCCAAGCUACACAGGCGGAAAACCAGAUCAAGGCAGAGUUUGAGAGGCUCCGUCAGGUGCUCAAUGAGGAGGAAUCUCUUCGCCUACAAGCACUUUCUGCUGAGGAAGAGCAGAAGACUGCAGCCAUAAAGGAGCUGAUUGACCGCACCAACAAGGAGAUUGGAGAGUUAAAGAAGCUCACUGAGACAGUGAAGAAAGAAAUGGGAAAUGAGGAUUUACCUCUGCUGCGGACCUUCCAGUGCUUGAAAAGAACAGCCCAUUGGACUCAUGAAGACCCUUGUCUCCCUGAAGGCUCUCUUUUGAACAUGGGCAGGCAUGUUGGUGCUUUGAGCUUCAAAAUCUGGAAGAACAUGCAGGCCCAUAUACAAUACAAUCCAGUGGUGCUGAAUCAGAACACCGCCUCUCCUUUCCUGUCCUUGAACGCUGACCUGACGGUGAUGAAGGAAAGCUCAGAGCGGGUGACUGUACCUGAUAACCCCGAACGCUUUCAUCCCUGUGUCUUUGUCCUGGGUGUUGAAGGUUACACCUUUGGAAAACACAGAUGGGACAUCAUGGUUGGUGAUAACCCCAAGUGGAUUGUGGGAGUGUGCAAAGAGUCAGUGCCCCGUAAAAAAAAAUUUACAGUUUGUCCAAACCGUGGCGUGUGGGCCAUAGGACUAAGCAAAGGAGUGUACACCGCUUUGACAAAUGACCGUACAGAGCUAGUAGUGCAGCAGCGUCCUGAAAUGAUUCGCGUCAAGUUAAAUAUUGAUAAGGGCGAGGUGUCAUUUUGGGACAGUGGAACGGCGAAGCACCUGGUUACACUGACUGAUACGUUUGAUGAGAGGAUUUUUCCCAUUUUUGGCCCUGGGCUGUCCAGUACACCCAUGACUCUGGUCUCAGGAAAGAUUGCUGUUCACACCUCAUGAUGGGUUUGUCUCAGUUAGAACAUUAAAAGAAAUAACUUUUCUAAACCUCAGGAAGUUGAGCAGAAAGACUAAAAUGACGCGAAAGUAGUCAUACAAGCAUGAAUUCAAUUUUUUUUUUAAAAAAACAGAGGGUUGAGAAUGACGGCAGAAAGGAGACGUGAAAUAUAGUCUGAAGUUCCGUUCCCACAACCACAAUCACCACUCUUUAGAGACCACAAAACAACAAAAAAAAAUUGUAAAAACACCACUUGAAAUACGUAUGUUUAAUCUUAAAGGAUCAUAUUAUAUAUUAUUAGGAAGAUCAUAUUGGACACCAGGUGCCUUUCAGACAGCAAUUGUCUCUCCAGUGAUACAGCCCCCCCCCCCCCCCCCCCCAAAAUAAAAAAAAAUGUCAGUUACUUUUGACUGCUUUCUGUGCCUGUUGCUUUUAAUGGAAAGGAGCUGCUGGUGUGCAGUGUAAUUUUACUUUUGGAGGAUUACUGUGGUGCAUGUUACAUCUGCAUACAUUUGGGGUUUAGGGUGAAUUGAAUGCCACAAUUUUGCUGCUGUAAUUCUGCCUUCUUCCUCUGCUUAGGGAAGCUUCUAUCCUUAUUUCUCGCUCUCAUUCUGAUCUCAUCCUUUGCUUUGUCCAAGGAGUCACUGACCAAAUGGUCCCCCCUAAAAAUCGGCCCGACCUGGCUUCACUGCGCACGCUUCAUUUCAGAGCUCAGCAGCAUCAUUUCAUUAAAAACUGCACUGCAGUCAUCAUCCAUUUCAGCGACAGAUAUCUGAAGCUUUUGUACAACAAUCAUUUCCACAUCAAUUCAACUUCAUUUCAUCAUAAAAGACGGGGGAAGUGAUCAGAGCACACAGCAGCAAGACGUGCUACGAUGCCUACAUCCUUUCAGAGCAUCAGUAAGGACUCACCGAUUAUUGCCUCGUUUUCUGCUUAAAACGCCCCCCUAAAAAUUGGCUGGUAAUGCUCAGAAAUGACAGAUGCGCAGUGAAGGCAGGGCGGACCGAUUUUUAGCGGGGGGGGGUUGUUCAGUCUGUGACUCUGGCUUAUUCCAAGACUUUGAAAUGUAUUUUUUUAAAUUGUUUAUUUUUUAUUAAUGAUGUUGCACCCUGUUAAUAAACAUCUGUGAUGAUUACAACUACUUACGUGUGUUAUGCUGCUAAAGUAGUAAAAAAAAAGAAAAAAAAAAAAAGAUUCCCAGUGGAUUCUCGCGUAACACCAUCCACCACUCGAAAAUCCAGACUUUUGCUUCAUCAGGAGCUUUGGGUUUUUGUUUUGUGACAAAUGCAGUUUUAUAUUUGACUGCUGUUGCUGUAUUAAUAAAACUGGUCAGACUA